AACUACAGAAGACAAUGCAAGAUAAAAACAGGUUAUGGAUUGCCAAUAACUGAAGGUAGAUCACCAUAUUAGGGACCAUGGUGACUUACUGUAUAUUUGCGAUAUUGAUGAGAAAGCACAUUAACAAGAUAUGUUUGACCCAAGUUCAUAGACUGUCUCAGAGCUUAUUGACUUGUGCCUGUUGCACAUGUUUGUCUCCUUCAGCGAUGGUGGACAACGUUUGUUACGUUGGUUUUGUGGAGGUGGGCGGGGACGCAACAACAGAGGAGGCACCACAAGGCUGUGCAUCAGAUGCACACAACAUGAGCGGGCUUCAAGAGCGAAGGACGCUGUCGCUGGAACCCUUUCAUAUUGACGACGAUCUAUAUGCUAAACCUGUCAAGAAAGCAGAGCGGAAAGUAACGAUGGACUGCAGCCUCGGUAACCAGUGAGGAACACCACUAUAACUGGCGACACCAAGCAUUGGAUCCAGUUCUAUGUGGACAGACGAAUCAAGACGACCGUUUGAAGUGAUUUUGUUUCAUGCUACUCCGGCUAUAUGACAUGCACUUUGCAUUAUCAUGUGGAGAAAAUAUAUAUUAUGUUCACUCCCUACUACAAACCAGUAUUAUUAUCUAAGUGAAACAAUUGAAAGGGAAAGCUGUUUGUUAUUAAUGUGUUCAUUUAUUGUGCAAUGUGAUGUGCGUUAAAUGUGUUUCAGUUGUCUCCCUUGUUCUCUUUUCUUAUUGCUAUCAAUGAAUCGUUGA